AUGGCAGCAGCUCAGCUUCCCACGGGUAGUAUAUCUACGGGGCUACCAACAAAUGAGGAAAUCCAGGAAUAUGAGAAGAUUCUGAAAAUAAGUGACGAUAUAUUUACUGGAACUCACCCUAGAUUGAAGGUUCCCCAGCAGUUUGUGCGCAAACCCGCGUCGCGCAACCCCCCUACCUCCACUCAAACCCAGGUAAAAACGAGUGAACGGCCUAGGUCUUCCACAUGGAAUGUAUCUCAGCCUGUUCUUACGCCUUCAAAACCUGCAAGCGCACUGAGUACAAAUGCCGGUGACGGUCUGUCUGGCACAACCGCUCCCUCGCGUAUUGUACCAAAACCUACUUCUGAAAUUGAUCCUAUCUUCCUGACCAAGUCGGAUGAUCUAGUCAGAGCAGAACUGCAGUUACAGCGUCAAAGGGUGGAAAGGGCUUUGCGGGAACAACUUGAGCUGAAGAGACAAGAGUCAAGGCAAAAAACUUCUAUACAGGAUGCAAAGCCUGACUUCGAUGUUUCUGAUGUUUUAAUUAAGGCCUUCGAGAUAGUCAAGCCGUCCCCCUCGGUUGAUGGCCGUGGUGCUGGAGAACCUAGUGACUCUGAGAAUUCGUUCUACUCUAGUAGAGCCCCUGACUCUCCUCAGCAGGGCGAUCAACAGAAACAGUCACCUGCACCUCCCUCUAAUUCCGAUGAGCCUGCUACUGAGGCUCCAGCAGAGAAUUAUUCAGAUGAGUUGCAACGGCUUGAAGCCCUCAACCGCACUGAAUCGGAUCAGGAUAUGCAAGAUACUUACCCGGUUGCAGACCACGGAAUACCCUACCAGAAACAGCCGCGUCCUGCUGCGGCAAAUUUUGUCGCUCACAAGUACCAAGAAGCUCAGCCAACAGACACGUUCGAAGAGCCGGAGUAUUCGCCGCCAGCCCCGGGUGUGGCCCCGAUGGAGAGGGGGGAUAACGUUGAUCCUCAGCGAGAUUACCCCAAUGGAACGAGGAGGCGAGGUCCAGACGCUCGUCAGCCCGACCGUCCCCGUUAUGCCCCCGAAUCGAACUCGCCUAGAGACGAUGUAAGGGUUGUGCGUAAUCAUAUAACGUCCCCGGCAGCUCCACGGCCUUCCAGGGUUUCUCCCUUGGCCAAUGCCAAAGUUCCCUCCGUUUAUCAGCACAAAGAGCCACGUCCAGUGUACGGUACGGAACAUCAGGCAAGUCCCGAUGCUCCACCCCAACAAUUGAUGCCUAGAAAGCGCAGGAGGUUGCAUGAGGAAAGAGACCGGUCUCGCGCGGUCGCAUAUAGAAUGCAAACUGGAGCCCCUGGUGACACUUACAUCAAGGAGGAGCCAGUUUCGCCGCCACCGUUCACAGACACUUCCCCAGCAUACCGUAGUCGUCCGGCUCAAGAGAGACCAAUCUACAUCGAUAUCGCAUCUCCCCGAUACACACCGGUAAUUGAAAGGAGAGAGCCCCCACUGAGAGACCCUGCAUAUGAUGUAGAUGCUUAUGAUAUCCGUGGUGAUUCCGGGAUGCCGCGAACCGUUUCGCGGCUGAGUACCAGACGGCCAAUUCGUGAUGACCAAGAUUUGCGGAGAGUUGCCAGUCUCCAUCAAGCUCGGCAGCCUGAAUAUCCUCGUGAAUAUAUUGACCAAGCUAGUCCCCAUGCUAUGCGAGCUUCGUCCUACGCUGUUGUUGAGCGGCCCCCGCCCAGGUAUUAUGACGAGGUCGCAACCCCUCCAACACGACGUUAUAUCCCUGUGGGAGAUUCUCCGACCUCACCACGGUAUCAAGAGACAUACUACGAUGAGGAGCCUCCAACCCGUAUGAUGGCGCCUCCAACACGGAGAAUCGUGGUUGAUGAGCAGGGCAAUCAGUACUAUGAAACUGUGCCUGCGCCGAGGAUGCAAGCAAUGCCUCCUCCAACUAGUCGAAUGCCGGCACCAAGAAGUGAGGUCUACGACGACCAUCCGCCAGUACGCUAUACGAGUGUUCGGGCUCCAUCUGUCCUGGAAGAUCCGUACGGUAACCGGCGAUACGUACAGGAUAUGCCACCUCCACAAAGCACUUAUCGACGGGUGACCGACUACGCUCGCCCGGUCCCGAGUGAGCGUCGGCCUUAUGUAGCACCAUUUGAUGAGCGAGAGCCGCUGCCACGCAGCGCCAGUGUCCAGGUGACCGACCACUCUACGCGACGCCCGCAUUAUAUUGAAGAGGCUGAGGUUCCACGUGAGAGGAUCGUCCGAGUGCCAAGCGUACGACCACCAACCGCUCGGUACGACGAACCGCGGGAGGUCAUUCAACGAGUAGAGAGUGUCCGGCCAGCUGGCAGGGAUGUGAGCAUAUAUAUGGAUGAUGACCCCCGACGGCCCAGAGAAUAUAUUGAGCGGCCCAUCUAUCUUUCUACACGACCAGUGGCUAGAGAAGAACACUACUACGAUAACGGCGAACCCGAUAGGGUGGUGCUGGAUGGCGGAGUCCAUCGAGUUCCUCAGCGCUACUAA